AUGGCUUCAACAACCCAGUCCAACCUCUUGCAGCUGGCACAGACUGUCCAGCAGGCGACGGAGACCAUCGUGAAACACCUCCAGGACACUGAUCAGCAGGAACCGUCUUUUGAUCAGAACAGCAAAGCGAUCCAGGGUGAUGCCGAUAUUCACUCUACCAGGAUCCAGCUCAACGAUGCAGCGCAAGACCUUCUGCGUCUCGUCAACGGCCCAGCAAAUGAAUACCGCUCCUUUUACAUGAGCCACUACACUCUUGCAGCAUAUCAAGUUGCUCUUCAUUUCAAACUCUUCAGACAUGUCCCUCUUGGCGGCAAGAUCAGUAUUGCCGACCUUGCUUCCAAAGCCGGCAUCGAUGAAGGUCGAUGUCGCAGGGUGAUCAAACAUCUCGCGACUCAACGCGUCUUUGAGGAAGUCGAGCCAGAUGUAUUCACUCACACCGCAAGCUCUGCGCUCAUCGCGCGAGACAGUGACAUGGAAGCUAUCCUCUGGAUGCAAUUCGACGAAAUGUUCAAGGCAGCUUCUGACGCUGCCAAAUUCGUCCAAAAUGAUCUCAACGGUUCUAAAGACGCUGAUUCACCGUUCGCCACUCGUCAUGGCAAGCCGCCGUAUCAAUUCUACGCUGAUGUCCCUGAGAAGGGCCUCAACUUUGCAAAGGCCAUGGCUGCGCUGACUCAGUCGGACCGCUCAGUCACUGCCCUUCGCGAUGGGUUCCACUGGGACAAGCUUGAAGCUCCUGGAAAGGUUGUCGACGUUGGCGGUGCGAGUGGUCAUGUUUCCAUGGACUUGGCAGCCGUAUUCCCCAACCUUAGCUUUGUCGUUCAGGACGUUAGCCCUGAAGCUCUCGAAGACGGAAAAGCAAAGUUGCCAUCUGAGAUCGCAGACCGAGUCUCAUUCAUGCUGCAUGACUUCUUCAAGGAUCAGCCCAUCACUGACGCCAACGCGUUCUUCAUGCGUCAGUGUCUCCAUAACUGGCGGGACGAAGACUGCAUCAAGAUCCUUCGAGGUCUUGUCCCAGCGCUUGAGAAGUGCAAGCCUGGAACUCCUCUUCUCAUCAACGAGGAAGUCUUACCCGAGCUGAAUGAGGUCUCAAAGUAUCAGGAGCAUCUUUCGCGACAGUGUGACAUGUGUAUGUUUGUGGUCGCCGGGUCUAAGGAAAGAACUAGAGGAGACUUUGAGAAGUUGCUCAAAGAAGCGGAUUCCAGGUUCAAGGUUGUCAAGGUUCACAGGAAUAGCACGAGCACUAUGGGUCUCGUUGAGGCGUAUCUCGGCUAA